UUGCAUCAACUCGGUACCGACGUGCUGUUUCUCACUGAUAGUGCCAGUAAAGAACCGACUGACUGUGUUGUUGAUCUUCUGUCUGUUAAAGUCAGUUUUUGCUUCUUGUCUUGGUCCCAGCAGCUCCAGGCCCAGAAGCUCCGUCUGGCCCGGAGUCAGGGCCCGUACUACGGCGGCUCGCUACCCAACGUCAACCAGAUCGGCAGGAACCCUCAAGACUUCCAGGGCUCCUUUCCGUCCACUCUGGAGUCCAACCGCUCCACUCGACACCACGGCCUGGUGGAGCGCGUCCAGAGGGACCGCCGCUUCAUCUCCCCGGUCCGACCGUACCGCAACCGACAAGUGGACAGCUCGCCGUAUAACUCCGCCUACCUGUCCCCGCCCCCCGACCCCAGCUGGAGAAGGAACUGGUCCGGAAACUUCCCCGGAGACAAAAGCCAGUUGUUCCGUCUCCCCACCACCGCUCUCAACAGGACCAACUCUGACUCGGCCCUCCACACCAGCGUGAUGAAUCCUCCCACAGGAGACCCGUUCACCACGGGAGGACCCACCCUCACCCCGCAGGGCAGCAGACGCACCGGUCAGAGUGAUGGAGAGGGCAGAAGAAUGUUCCCGUACCCGGUUCCUCCCAUCGAGGAGAACGUGUUGGACGAAGGCAAGCUGCUCAAACCCUGGGACACCAAGAAGUUGCCUCUGUUGUCGUCCCGGCCGAAGUCCUGCGAAGUCCCCGGCAUCAAUAUCUUCACGUCCCCGGAGCAGCCGUCCACGCCGGCUCACGGCGUCCCGUCGGCGCUCAACACCGGCGGCUCGCUGCCCGACCUGUCCAGCCUGCACUUCCCCUCGCCGCUGCCCACGCCGCUGGACCAGGACGAGCCGGGCUACCUGGGGUCGUCCUCCCUCAGCGGGGGCAGCAGCACCGGCAACCUGGCCUCCACCCUCACCCAGCUGGGCAUCAACGCCGCCAACGCACAGGGAGGCAACGGCAACUUCCACAGCCACACGCCAGGACUCCUGGCGUCCCUACAGAGCACGCUCAGUAACCCCUCCCUGCAGUCAUCGCUAAGCAACCCCAACAUCCAGUCGUCGCUCAGCAGCCACUCCUUCUCCAACUCCCUGAGCUCCGCCUCCCUGCACUCGUCGCUCAGCAACCCGUCGCUGCAGUCCUCCCUCAGCUCCUCCCCCUCCCUCAGCAGCCAAUCGCUGCACUCCUCCCUCAGUAACUCCUCCCUCCAGUCGGUGUCCAGUGGUAACCCCGGCUACAGCGCCGGCUCCUGCACCUCCUCCUACUCGCCGCUGCUGGCCGGGCAGGGCCAGACGGCGCUCAGCACGUCGCCGCGGCGACGGGCGCAGCUCUCCCCGCUCAUCCUGCCCAUGGGGGGCGAGUCCCGGAGGCACCACUCCAAACAGUUCUCCCCCACCAUCUCCCCCACCCUCUCCUCCAUCACACAGGGCGUCCCUCUGGACACCAGUAAGCUGCCCCUGGACCAGAGACUCCCCCCGUACCCCCUCAGCCAGUCCCACCAGCACCAGCCCGGCUCCCACCAGCCCCACCCCGGCCUGCAGGGCUCCCAGCCCGGCCAGCAGCCCCCCCAGAUGAGCCAGCAGCACCUCCACCAGCAGCUGCACCGCCUCCAGCAGCAGCAGCAGCAGCAGCAGCAGCAACAGCAGCAGCAGCAGCAACAACAGCAGCAGCAGCAGCAGCAGCAGCUCCACCUGCAGAACCUCCGCAACUCACACAACCAGCACAUGCAGCAGCACUUUGCAUUGAGGCCCAUGGGGCAGCCGGUGACCUCCUCCCAGCUGAUAAAGAACGAGCGUGUGAUGGAUCAGUGUGUGAGCUCGUCUCAGUGUCAGCAGGUGAAGCAGGAGGAGGAGCAGCAGGAGGAGCAGAACCGAGCUGGACUCCCUCAGCUGCAGCAGAUCAGCCACAGCCUGGACCUCUACAACGAUGCCUUGUUCAGCUCCCUGCUGGACGACCCGUACCUGAGCCUGCAGCUGACGGGGAAAUCCAACCAGCAGUUCUCUGCGGAGCACCAGGCCGACUGUCUGUCCCUGAACCACGGCGGUCUGAGCUGCAGCACCACCGACAAGAACCAGUUCCCCUCCAACACCCGGGGCCACCUGGACCUGCAGGACCCCGGGGACCAGCAGCUCCUCAACAACCAGAACCAGAACUACGGCGGCGGGGACGGACGCCACAACGUGCCCAACAUCAUCCUCACCGGCGACUCCCCCCCCGGCCUGUCUAAAGAGAUCGCCAGCGCCCUGUCCCACGUCCCCGGCUUCGAGAUGGACCCCUUCUCCCUGGACGACCCGCUGCGGAUGGACCCGCUGGCUCUGGACAUGCUGGACGGGGACCUGAUGCUGGCCGACCCGGCCGUGGAGGACUCCUUCCGAUCGGACCGGCUGAAGUGACCCCCCCCCCCCCCCCCCCCCGCAUGCCCUCCGCGCUCCGGGAGCCGGUUGGAACCGGCGCCGAGGACACGGCCAGCCGGAGAGAGGGCCGGGGUCGGCGCCGCGUGGCCGCCCGCCGCGCCCCCCAGCAGGACGGUCUGCAGCGCGAGGUUUGGACUCAACCUCCCGGAGAGUCUGGACGCCUCGGUGAGAGGAGAUUAGUGUCCGAACUGAAGCGGGGGAGUUCUCCGUCCAACGCACUUCACUGAAAAACGCUCUCGCUUCAACACGCUCGUCCAGAAGACGCUUCUCUCUCUCUCUCUCUCUCUCUCUCUCUCUCUCUCUCUCUCUCUCUCUCUCUCUCUCUCUCUCUCUGUCGGCAUUAGCUUGUUCCAGUCUUAUCUGCAUGUCCAUGAAAAUGCACUUGCGUCAAUGCAAACACGCAGGAAACAAGGCGCUCGGCUUUAUGUAAAGAAACCGUCUGUAAAAACCAGCAACGCUUCGGAGGAAAAGAGUUAUUAUGCACCCCCCCCCCUCACGCCCCUCGCCCUCCCCCUCGACCCCGUUAGUUCAGGAUUAACCUCCUUUUCUGCUUCUUCAGCCACGUUGACAGGAACUCAGCCAUGACUUAGAGCUCUCUAUAUUUGUAAAAGUUCUCCUCCGACCAAACUGAUCAAAGCUGAACGUAUCUGAGAGGUUCAGGACCUGCUGCUGCUUUAGGUGAUCUGUGAUCACGUCAGGACGCAAUCAAUCAAUCAAUCAAUCAAUCAAUCAAAUCAAAAUUACUUUAUUCCUCUGGCAGCUGAGAAGUUGUUGAGCUGUCAAUCAUCUGCAGACAGACGAUUGAAACGUCCAGAUUUAUUUGAUCAACAAGUCAAAGAAACUGUGAUGAGUCGAUUCAUGUCUGAUGCUUUUUUUUUUUAUUAUCAGUUUUGGUGAUUUGGGUGAUAAAAACGUGCAGAAAUGAUCGAAAACAAACUAAAUUUGACCUCCAAGAUGUUUUUAAAGACAUCGUGAGAUGAUAUUCAAUAUUUAAGAGGUUUAUUGUCUCUUGUACAAUCAUGAAAUCAUUUUACUGGCAUCAGAACCCAGUCAAUAUAGAGAGACCUUGAUUAAUAAAUGAUAAAAUAAUAUGACAACAAUAUAUGGGAAGUAAUAAAUACCCUUUAAAUAAAAAUAAUUAAUAAUAAAUAUAAGAGACUUAUAAAAAAUAAUUUAAUUAAAUUGAAAAUUGUAUUUUUUAAAAAUCUGUAAAAAGAAAAACUGUAAAUGGUAAAUAAA